AUGAACGAGAGGGAGAGAGAGCAGAGAGGGAGGAGAGACUGGAAAAAGCAGAGGGGCCCACAACAUGAGAAGAAAUCCAUUCAGGAUCUAGAAAAGUUUAGUUUACUUUAGCUCUGAGAACCAAAUUUAAAACCAGAGUUAUUUAUUUCGAGAGUUUAAGCUACUUGAGAGAACUUCUAGGAACGAACAGUCUUUUUUUAAUGACUAUUUUCAAGGUGUUUUCCGUCUAUUUUGUAAGCAGCUUCACCAGAUCCACCAGAUCCACCACCUUGAAGAUGUUUCCAUUUGAUCUUCAGUAACAUCUGCAGCAACCAGGCAAAUUAAGACAUGCUUGAGCAACACUAGGAUUUCCUCAGAUUCCCUCGAGGUUUGUUUUCACUUUUUUGGAGGUGGGUGGCAAGACUUGCAAAGGCCAAUAAGCCUCAGCAGCAUGUCGAACGAGAACCUCACCUUCUUUGAAACUUUGGUUUACGGCCACCAGCCGUGUGAGAUAUGGACCAACGGGACAGAGGGGGCUCUGUAUCAGCUGGGCAACACGGUGCUCAUGCUGGGGUAUAUGGGGGGCAGCGGCACGUUCGGGGCCAUCUACAUCUACUGCUGCCUGGCCCCUGGCUUCCUGUGCCAUGCGCUGUGGGGCUGGAUAUCCGUGUGCGGGCUGGACGUGUUCACCUGGAACCUUCUGCUGAUCCUGCUGUGUCUGCUGCAGCUGUGCCACCUGGUCUUCCGUCUGCACCAGGACAGCUUCCCCAGCGAGGAGUUCCGCACGCUCUACACCACCGUCUACCUGCCCCUCGGUGUGCCCCUCCCCGUCUUCAAGGAGGUGGCGGGGGCCUGUGAGAACCGGGUCCUCUCCCUGAGCAUUGAGGAGACAUACGCUUUGGAGGGGAAGACCCCCAUAAACCAGCUCUCGCUCCUUCUGUCUGGCAGGAUCCGGGUAUCUCUGGAAGGUCAGUUCUUGCACUAUAUCUUCCCCUAUCAGUUUCUGGACUCUCCAGAGUGGGAGUCCCUUAGGCCCACAGAAGAGGGAAACUUUCAGGUGACCCUGACGGCGGAGAUGGACUGCCGCUACAUCUCCUGGCCGCGGCGGAAGCUGUACGUGCUGCUGGCGAAGGAGCGCUACAUCGCCCGCCUCUUCUCCGUCAUGCUGGGCAACGACAUCGCCGACAAGCUGUACUCGCUCAACGACAAGCUCUUCGCCCGCAGCGGCGUCCGCCUGGACAUCCGCCUCCCCAGCCUCUACCACGUCCUCGCCCCACCGUCCACGGGCGAGAGUGGAGCGGGCGCGGCCGAGCCCAGGGCGCCCGGCAACCCCGCGGCCCCUCCCCUGCAGACGCACCCCGAGAGGAACCCCCCGAACUCCCGUGUCCCCCACCGCCAGCCCUGGCCCUCAGACGGCGAGCUGCCUUCCGGUGAGGACUCCACCAGUCUGAUCCUGGAGGACUUUGCCGAUCUGACGGGCUCGUUUAUGGAGUAUGGGAGUGAGAGGGAUUAUUUGAGAGAGUAGGGGUUGAAGCUAACACACUGGCCACUUCUUACAGCCACAUGGGACAGCCCACCUGGGGGCCAUCCUACCCCUUUUCAGAGAAGCUGGGCCCCGCUGGCCCCUACGGACACGCCCAAACUGUGACACUGGCCCCGCCCAGCAGUCCUAGGGUCAGAGAGUCCAACCGCCACCCCCCCUCUGCCCCAAGGAUGGAGCCAAGAGAGGACCCCCCCACACCCUCCACUGCCACCCCCACCCACUCCUCUCAGGCCUUAUGGAGGUCCACGGGCGGGGGAGUGAAGCCACGGUCAUGGGAGUCUGAACACAACACCACCACCACCACAAUCUCAAGGAUUCCUCCAUUUAUUCAAUAUUUAUUAAGGCAAUAACCUGACACGUGCAUGUAUAGUAUCGUACACAUCGUAAACGAUGGGAAAUCUGUGUUUUUGUUCAAGACAUUUUGUGUUAUGUAUGAUUCUACAGUAAUACUGCCACUCUUUUAUUGUAUGUUUUCAUUCAUGGGGGGAAAAGGACAAGGACAUUUAAAGGACAUUUAAAGAAAUGUUUUGGAAAAUAUAGCCAUAACAGUAUAUAGGUUUUUUUUUCUGCAUGAAUCAACAAUGUUCAGGAAGUCUUCACGUGUAAUGACACAAUUCCGCAUUUAGGGAAGUUUCACGCCUUUUUGUAUUUUACAUGCACGGAGUAUUUCUAAUACCCUGGUUUUAGAAGCACAAUGUCAGCUACAACAUUUCAAUGUGAUCAUUUGUUUUCACAAGUGUUUCUCCACAAAGCUCUUGGGCAAAACACUGUAACCAUCA